AUGGAUUAUAAUCAAGGUAUUGAUCUCUCACAUCAGACGCAAGAGGAUAUUUGGGUGGACGAGAUCAACAAAUUUCGAUUGAAUGGGCGUCUUUGCGAGUGGGUCGCUGGCUUUCACGCAGACAAAAUUCCUUGCCGGCUAGUUGGUGGCUUUUUGAAUGGCUCCUACAAUAUCGGUCAAAAGUUUCUAUUUGAAGAUGGUACUGCGUGGCUACUCCGUUUUCCUCGCGUGAAGAGCGUUUCCUCUAAAUACGCCGACGAGAAGGUAGUGAUGGAAGUGGAAGCUAUUUUCCUUAUCCGCGAGAAAACAAGUGUACCUGUUCCAUGUAUCAAAGCCUGGGGUCUCGCCGAUGCCAAUCCACUGGGUCUUGGUCCUUUCAUCUUGAUGGACUUUAUCGACGGAAUGCGUUUGAAUGACAUAUUCACUGGAGGCGAUUCCAGGCUACUCAAAAAGGAAAUAUCAGAUAGCGACCUCGAGGUUGUGUACAGACAGAUAGCGAACUUCAUGUUGCAGAUUUUUGAAAUCAAUUUUGAACAAAUCGGAAGUUUGCCAACACCAAGGACCGGCUAUUCUGCGCCUACACCCCCACUGACAUGGAAGGUGCAAGAGAUCGCACAGGUCGGGGGUGUUCACACUUUUGGUGAUCGAUCACAGCGUUUCUCGACAGUCACGGAAUACUUCCAGUAUAUUAUAGAUCAAGACUGGAACCAACUCCGAGAACAACCAAAUUCGAUUGCUGGUGAACUAGAUGCUAUCUCCAAGUAUACUUCAUUGAAGAUUCUGGAAUCACUGAUCUCCCAAUUUGUUAAUGAGGAGUAUCAAAAUGGGCCCUUCAAACUCAUUUGCGACGAUUUUGGCCCUGCAAACAUGAUCGUGAAAAGCGAUGAAGAUCUCACGAUUGUCGGGGUUGUGGACCUUGAGUGGGUCUAUGCAGGGCCGGCGCAGCUCUUCGGCUCAGCUCCUUGGUGGCUACUUCAUGACCGACCGGUCAAUGAAGAGUGGGAUUUUUCGGACGGCAAUCCUCCGGAGGCUACAAAGCGAUAUUUGCAUUGCCUGAACAUAUUUAAAGAGGCUUUGGCAAAUGAAGAGAUGAAAUUUCCCAGAAGUCAACAUAAGCAACUCUCGGAGCUUGUCAAAUGGUCUGAGACUUCGGGUGCUAUGUAUCUUCAUAUGCUCUUAUCUGCUGGGUUUUUCGGUCCAUUCAGUUUCCCUUGUAUGCAUCUACGCCAGUACGUCGAUGGCCAACGGUGGAGAGAACGUGCCGGUGAGCUGGAGGGCAGACCAGAGGUGAACAAGUUUGUGGCUAAUAAGCUCCGAGACUUGGUUGAGUAUGACAAAAAGAUCGAGAUAAUCGAGAAGCUCAGGAUGCGCCUGGAUCGAGGUCAGAUGACCAGGGAAGAGUUUGUUGUGGCCGUCGAUGAAUGUAUGACGUUGAACCGGUAG